AUGAUUAUGGUGAUAGUUAAAGUUGGCCCCCUCCCCUUCGCCAGCGGCGCCUACAGCCUCGUCUCAUUACCCGCCGGCUCCCUCCUCACAAAGAUAACCACAGCCACACCGUCCAAGAAAGCCUACACGUCGGUCCAAACCGGCCGUGACACGCACAUCGAACUCAACUCAGACCUAGUCUACUGCAACCAUUCCUGCGAUCCGACCAUCAACUUCGACAUGGAGAAGAUGGAAAUCCGAGUGGUGGAUGACCGGGACUUGAAGGCCGGGGACCCGUUGACGUUUUUCUACCCCUCGACGGAGUGGGAGAUGGAUCAGCCGUUUGAGUGUACGUGUGGGAGUGGGGAGAAAUGUAAAGGGUGGAUUGAUGGGGCGAAGAAUUUGGGGAAUGAGGUGUUGGGGGAGUAUUGGUUGAAUAGACAUAUUGGGGAGAUGGUGGGGGAGAGGGAUGGAUGUGAGGUGUAGAGGGGUAUAGCGGGGGUGAUAGAUUAGACUUUGGGUGGCUGGGGAUUUGUUUUUAGGGUGGUUGGUGGGUUUGGUUUGGUUUAGAAUAGAUGGUUGGGUUGGGUUGGAUUUGAGUGGUGGAAUGGAUGUACAGGCUCUAUAGUAGAGAGUGUUAUAUGGCUGGGGUCUGGAAUGUCUGAGGGUAGAAUGGGGGAGGGAGAGGGGGUAGAACAAGGGUGUAUAGAGGGGUUGUUUUGAUAGAUACUUGCCCUGUUGGAUGCUGGAAUGAAGAUCAAUGUUGAUUUUCACAUGCAUCACUGAACAAAUAUUAUAGAUAUCUGACGGGUUUGUUUACCCACAUGCUAUGGCAUGACAUGAC